AUGAGGUAUAAUGUAACACACAUACUUAUCAUUUCCUUAAUGGCUGACAUUUCUCCAUUCACCGCCUCUUUGAGUGUUUGGGCACAAUAAUUUGCCAAGCACACACACACACACACACAGUGCUUUACACCUCCCACCUACUGCACGGUACUGUUACCACUAAUGGGCCCAGUGGCCAACCAUUAAAGCCCAUGUUUUAGAACUGUUGUUGGAGCUGCUUAUGAAACUGUCCUUCUCUCCUUGUCAACCUGUUUCUGCCUUCUGCUUCUGUAUUCUGUUUCCUGUCUCCUGUUACAUGUUCUAACUCUGUUUUCUCCUCUACAGGGUAGCACACUGAGGAAGAGGAAGAUGUACGAAGAGUUCCUGAGCAAGGUCUCCAUCCUCGAGUCUCUGGACAAGUGGGAGCGUCUGACUGUAGCUGAUUCUCUGGAGCCAGUCCAGUUUGAGGACGGGGAGAAGAUCGUGGUACAGGGAGACCCCGGAGAUGACUUCUUCAUCAUCACAGAGGGUACAGCCUCUGUUCUCCAGCGUAGAUCUGACAAUGAGGAGUACGUCGAGGUUGGUCGUCUGGGGCCAUCCGACUACUUUGGUGAGAUCGCCCUGCUGCUGAACAGGCCGCGGGCGGCCACAGUGGUGGCCCGGGGACCCCUGAAGUGUGUGAAGCUGGACCGGCCCCGCUUCGAACGGGUCCUGGGGCCCUGCUCGGAGAUCCUAAAGAGGAACAUCCAGAGAUACAACAGCUUCAUCUCUCUCACCGUGUGAGGGGCCACCGGAGGCCAAAUGGGGAGGGAAAGGUGCGGAUGGGUGGGGCAGGGGGGUUCCGGUGACAGGGCUUCUUCCUGCCUUUUUUUUCAUUUGGCUCUGUUCUUCUAAUUCUGAUCUUCUUCUUCUCCUUCACUUUGACCUGUCCUGUCUCUGUAGCUUUAUUUAAAUGAACAAGGAAACAUGUGGGAUGAAUGUGGCGAGGACGGACAGACAGUGUGGAUGUACUUUAAAUGGCUCAUAUGUUACAGGCGUCAUAUAUGUUUACUGAAUACGAUACAUGCUUGGAGAACGCAAUGAAUGGAGGUAGAUUACACUUGUAUGUAUUUUAUGAGGUAAACUAUAACAGGGGAGGGGUGGGGUAAUUCAGGAAGGGAAGUCAUGAAUUCAGGAAGUGAUGUCAUGUUUACGUACAGCGAGGGAGGAAGUUGGGUGUCUUUGCGCGCUGGUUGUAGUUUUUUGCCUUUUCGCUUUAGGGUCCUGGUCGUUGGUCCGUGGUUGCCAUUUCUACGUCAAAUCAACCCACUACCUGAUGACACAGGCCUUUGUUACCUAAAAACUAGAGGUAGACUUUUAUUCUUGUCUGUUUCAUUGAUCUCAAUGCUUUUUAACUGUGCUUGUGUUGCUGGUACGAAUGACGAUGGGGUGUUUGUUAGAAGUUAUAUUUUGAAUAGGGGUUUUAUUGAUGGAUGCUGCAAAUGUGCCAUGUGAAGGAGUGUGGCUUUUAUUUUGUAAAGAUACCUCCAUUCUGAUGUUUUAUCUGAAUCUGAAUCUGUAAAUUGUUCCAAAGGCGCAAUAGUGUUUGUUAGAUUAACACACACACACACACACACACUCUCUCAAACACAUAACACACAGACACGGUCACAAACUAACACACACACAUGCACAUGUACACACACAUACACAAACACACACGUUCUGUCAUACACUCAUACAGGUGGAUAUACACACACACACACACACAAACACACACACACACACACACACACUCUCUCAGGACUAUAAAUUCAUAAUACAAAUGUCUUACACUGGAUGCUUUUUCAGCUGAUUUUGGUCUGUGUUAAAUUGAUUGGUGAGAUCAUUUUCCAUCACUUUACAGUUCUUAGCUUUUGGUGAAUACAGCAGUUUGUUUAACUUGUUUUGAUGAUGUUGAUUUAAAUGUUAUUAUAAAUGUUUAAACCAGAUAAAUAGACAAAGUUAUGUUAUUCUCUUUCUAAGUCAUUGGAGAUUGUGAUCUCUAUCUCGAUUCAAAGUUGCACAAUAAUUGACCAAUGGCAGAUGAUGUCCAAUGGAGCUGACCUAUAGAACAGCAUCUUUCUGUAUUCCACACUCUCAUUGGUUCUCAUCAUAUUAUUCCAUCCUUUUCAGCAAAUAAAUACAAGCUUCUGAACUCCA